AUGUCUACCGACCUCUUGUCCGGCAGCGGCACAAAGGGCGAUGAGGACCAAGGGAUCUCCAUCUCGACAUUUCUUGCUUCGCUGGCCACAGGUGCUAUCGUCUUCGCCAUUGAAGCCCUCUUGUUCUUGAUGCUAAAGGGAAACCUUCGCAGAAUCUACCAACCCAGGACAUAUCUUGUGCCAGACCGUGAACGAACCAAACCGCCAGCCCCUGGCCCUUUUGGAUGGGUAUAUGCUGUGUUCCAGACGACGAACGCUGAAUUUAUUCAGAAAUGUGGGCUUGACGCUUAUUUUUUCUUACGAUACCUCCGUAUGCUCCUGAAGAUCUUUGUCCCCAUGGGUCUGGUUAUUCUUCCCAUCUUGAUUCCUGUAAACAAAGUCGGAGGAAAAGACAACAACCUUGUCAGCAAUACAAAUUCUACCACAUGGAACGUGACCGGCAUGGAUCAGCUCGCUUGGGGCAACAUCAAGCCCGAGCACACAGAUAGAUACUGGGCCCAUCUCGUUCUUGCGGUGCUAUCGAUUCUGUAUGUCUGCGCGGUGUUUUUUGAUGAGUUGCGCGGUUAUAUCAGACUGCGACAGGCAUACCUGACCUCCCCUCAGCACAGGUUGAGAGCGUCUGCUACAACUGUGCUUGUUACCGCAAUCCCCAAGAAGUGGUUGUCAGUAGAGGCUCUGACGAAUCUGUAUGACGUAUUUCCCGGAGGAAUUCGAAAUAUCUGGAUCAACCGUCAGUUGGACGAAUUAAAUGAAAAAGUCAAGCUUAGGGAUCAGCUUGCUUUGGCCUUAGAGGCUGCGGAGACUGACUUGAUUGCUAAAUGCAAGAAAGCCCAGAUGAAGCAGGCCAAAGCCGAGGCAAAGAAGUCGGGAAAGAAAGCUUCCAAAGAAGAUGAAAAACAGAAAGAAGGAACAGACAAGAAAGCUGCUGAAUUGGUGAUGCAGUCUGGUAUCAGCUCAGGCAACCCUCACCAGGUCGCGCACAAUGUACAAGACGCCCUCAAGAAGGAUCGGGAGAGCAAAAAUAAGGAAGCACGUCGUCAAAGAAAGAAGAAAUUCCUCCCUCUUGUGGGUGGAGGACUCACUAAUGCUGUUGGCAAUGGGGCGACUGUUUUCGAAAAAAAACUAGUUGGAGGUAUCAGGAAAGCAAACCAAGGUGUUGGGCAACGUUUGGAAAAUACUCCUGGUUUUGCUGUUCUACCGGAAGAGCUGGUCUCUAUUUCCAGCAGGGGAAACAGCAAAGAAAUCAAUGACACGAAGAACCAUCAUGACCGUUCCAGCUUUGAUAGCAAUAAAGACUCGGUCAAUUCAGUUCCCGAGGAAAUUGACCAACAGGAAGGGUAUGAAGUAAACAGCGAGGAGCAGACCUCACGCCGACCUGGCUGGAGCCGCAAAUCAUCCGCCAACUCAAAACGAGGAAAUCGCCCCCCUGAAGCUGACGAAAUACCCUUGACCGAAGUGGAAACUAGAGAAAGUCAGAUUCGUCCGGAUACUAGCAACACUAACGAUAGCGUACCGCGGAAGAAAGAAGAUGGUGAAGAGUAUCCUUUAGCCUAUGAUGAACAUUGGCAGGAGGACUGCGGCGAACCGUUGUGGAAAAAGUAUAUACGUCAAAAAGAUCGAGAAACUAUGCGCCUCCCUAUAUUUGGAAUUACAUGGAUGCCAUCUAUACCUUUGAUUGGCAAAAAGGUCGACACUAUUGAUUACUGUCGCAAGGAAGUGGCGCGGCUCAAUCUGGAGAUUGAAAUCGACCAGCAGCAUCCAGAGAAGUUUCCUCUCAUGAACUCGGCUUUCAUCCAAUUUAAUCAUCAGGUGGCCGCUCACAUGGCUUGUCAAGCCGUCAGUCACCACGUACCGAAGCAAAUGGCCCCACGAGUAGUGGAGAUCUCCCCAGACGAUGUCAUCUGGGAUAACAUGUCGAUGAAAUGGUGGGAACGCUACCUUCGUAGCGGUGGCAUAUUCAUUGUUGUUUGCGGUAUGGUUGCUGGCUGGGCCAUUCCAGUCGCCUUUACUGGUCUUUUGUCACAGCUUUCUUACCUCGAAGGAACAUUCACAUGGCUGGCAUGGCUGUCCAAAUUACCACAUUGGCUCUUUUCAGCUAUCCAAGGUGUUCUCCCACCGUUGUUCCUUUCCCUGUUAAUGGUCGUCUUGCCCAUGAUCCUUCGAUUCUUGUCCCAAACCCAAGGUCUGCAAACAGGCAUGGCCGUAGAGUUGAUGGUUUCGAACUACUAUUUCGCAUUUCUUUUCGUCCAACUGUUUCUUGUCGUGGCCAUUUCGUCCAGUUUCUCGACACUGAUUGAUUCAGUUACAAACAUCACUGGCUGGCCAGAACUUCUUGCUGAAAACAUUCCGAAGUCCAGUAAUUACUUCUUCUCUUACAUGAUUCUUCGAGCCAUGUCUGUCAGUGCUGGUGCGCUCGCUCAAAUUGUCAACUUGAUCAAAUGGUUUAUCCUCGGUCCUCUGUUUGACGAUACAGCGAGGAAUAAGUGGUCGCGAACAACAAACCUGCAAACAGUGAGAUGGGGAAGCUUUUUCCCGGUAUAUACCACUCUAGCAUGCAUCGGUCUCAUUUAUAUCAUCGUCGCUCCACUGAUCGCUAUAUUUAUUAUCGCUACAUUUGCUUUAUUCUGGUUCGUGUAUCGAUAUAACACGCUCUAUGUCACGAAAUUCCGUUUCGAUACGGGCGGUCUCUUGUUUCCAAAAGCCAUCAACCAGAUGUUCACUGGAUUGUACGUCAUGGAACUGUGCCUGGUUGGUCUCUUCUUCCUUGUACGUGAUGAGAACGACCGCGUGGCGUGCCAGGGUCAAGCAAUUGUGAUGAUCGUCGUUUUGAUCCUCACUUUGGGCUACCAAUACUUCUUGAAUGAGGCGUUCUCCCCACUCAUUCGUUAUCUGCCAAUCACAUUAGAGGAUGAUGCUGUCCGCAGGGAUGAGGAAUUCGCACGAGCUCAACGCAUCAGACACGGUCUACCUGUUGACGACGAUGAUGAGGAUGAAGAUGACCUUAAAAAUGGACAUGCUUCUGGAUCACGACCAGCGGGAUACGACGAGCGCGACUUUGGAACUAACCAAAAAGAAAUCGAGCUACAAGACAUCAAUCGAGACAGCAAAGACGAAGAAAGAAAGAACAAUAAUGGCCAUGUGACCAGAAACCUCAGCAUAAUGGGCAAAAGGGUCAGCGGAAUGACAGCUGUCUCAUGGGCCGAUCGCUCACGAAACCGCCGCUCCAAAUACUACGGCACAAACUCCGGAUACGAUGUGCCCAGCAUUCAGAAGCUGCGCCAACAACUAGCCUACGAAGCCGAAGACGAAGAAACGCGAGGCACAGGCACAAACCCCAUCGGUCGCGCCCUUUUCGCCGGCAUUCACGAUGAACUAGAAGAUUUGACCCCCGACGAGCGCGAUCAACUCGUUCAACGAGCCUUCCAGCACGAAGCCCUACGCGCUAAACGACCUGUGAUAUGGAUCCCCCGUGACGAUUUGGGGGUCAGCGAUGACGAGAUUUACUGCACUCAACGGUUCAGUAAACAUUCGCAGUCCGCCUGA